GGGAGCAUGGUAAGGAACCUCCACGCGUAUUUAGGGCUAAUACUUAGAACUAAAUCGGUGCUCCUGGACAAUCCUUUGGGAUUGACUAAUCCUUCCACCACGAGGCUUUUUCGACUCGAUUAAUAUAAUAAUCUUGAAAUAUCGACCCACUACCCCCUAAUUAAUUCUAUUAGAGAAAAACUUUAAAAACUUGAAGCACUAUAGCUGAUAUCUCAAUAAGUCGCAGUUAUUUGAAUUAUUGUUUAUUUGGUAACAUUUAAAGUAUUACAUAGAUUACAUACAGGUUGAAGCAACAUGGUCGAGUGUUGUAAGAUAGUUUUUAUCAAUCCUCAGGUGUUUUAAUUACUCAGAAUUCCUGAGAUGAUAGCAUCUCACAAAAAAUUACAUAGAAUAUUCUUUCUAAAAAAGAUCGCGUGUGAUCGUCAAAGUUCUUGUGAUCACCUAGCUUAUGAUCAGAACAGCUCAAGAAGUGCGAGUUUGAACCAGUUUUUUGAGCAAAUGAGGCACAAAUCAAAUUUUCACCCCUAUGAGCAAGGAUCGUGCGCUAAGAGAUUUCUGGAGCUAAAUUGAGUGUCUUGUUAAUUGUCUUGAACGACGGUAAAACGCGUGUCUCCCCCAGAAAACUACAGACAUUGAUCUCUUUCUCGCCAGAAAAUUGCCUCUCUGGAGACAGAGAUUUGAGUGAUCUUGGGGUAUUGUAGUAACAAAUUAUCACUGAUCGCGUCAGAGAGAUCACUGUAUUCGGGCAAAUCUAUUUCUUCGCUAAAAAAAAUCUUGCAAUUUGUGUAUGUCGUUGAGAGUAUAAAUUGCCGGAACAUCUACUUGUGUGGCUUCAGUCGAGCAUCUUCUGAACAACAAGAUCGAGAAUGAGGAUCUUUCUGGUGUUUAUUUGUGCUUUUGGCAUAAGUCACGUAGACGCCUCGCCUGUUGUCUUUCCGGAUGUUGACAACAAUGGAUACUUUGCCGUUGAGCAAGUGAUCGUUAAUCCAGAUGGCAUUGUAGCUGGUGAACCUGAGCCUGAAGAGACGGACUCAAUGGAUGGAGUAGAAAAUGCAGAAGUAACAGAUGGAAUAGAUAAGUUGCAGAAGGAAGAGAAGGUGCCUGAGAGUGAAGAAGAGGAGGCUAAACCACCUGUUAAUGAUCUUCCGAUCUUGGCACCGAUUGCUUUCAUCCUGAGGCCUACACCUUCAACGGAAAGUCCUAAAGUUCUCAGUGAGGUUUCAGAUGGACCAGAUGCAGAAAAGAAAGAAGAGGCUGAAGUAGAACCUUCAAGUUCUUCUUCAACGGCUCCCGUUACUUCAAGCCCUACAAGUUCUUCAUCAACUGAAGUUGCAUCAACAGCAGCAACAUCUUCCUCAGUGAAACCUAGUACAAAAGCUCCCUGCAAGGCCAAUGACUCUUCAGAAUCAGAUUCCGAAUCCGAUGAGGAUGCUCCUUGCAAAGAACCAGCAAAACCUGUAAUUACCGAAGAUGAAGAAGAAGACUUGAAGGAAAAAGCAGCAGAAGUUGAAGCUGAACCUGUUAUCUUAACGCCCAGUGUUAAAAAGUAAAUCAACUCAAAUCUCCAAUGUGAUGUAACAUCAUUUUCAUCUCUUAAAUUAUAUCUAAAUGCUGUGUAAAUAUAUUAUUAUUUGGAAAUAUAUAAGUUUAAUAGUGUA